UUUCUACAAACCUCAUACCAUAACUCUAUUGAUAUUGUCAAUCGUUGGAGUAAUUUUUAUGUCCUUUAUUCGAGAUGACAAAUCGAUUGAUAGCAAUAUCUGUGCUGGAAUCUGCACCAGGAACCACUUGCGAUCGGGACGAUGGGCGAGCCUGCAGAUUCAUCGUCGUCGUGUACGCUGUCUGAACUGGCGGACGUCGAUGUAACCACGAUCAGUCACGAACGACUCAAAGACUUCACGGCUGAAGUCUUGAACACGGUCCUGGAAAAGGACAGCGUGUUAGGAGACCUACCGAACAACGUGACCUUGGAAGAAGUCGAUUUACAAAUCGCGAUUGAACACGGUCGAGCGAUAACCUUGUACCUGGAGCGCUUUGACGGCAUUGUCAUACCGAUUGUUGUACAGACGAAUGGAGCAAAAGUUGUUGACUUGAAAAAGAGCAUAGAGAGAAAAAUGACGUUACAUUUAAAAAGAGCUGGUGAAAGAUCAACCAUUAGUUGGAGACGAAUAUGGAAAACAUACUGGUUAAGUUGUAAUGGAAAAAAAAUUAAGAAUAAUAAUGAUUUCAUAUCAAAGUAUAUGGAAAACAACUCAAAACUGACGUUUGUCAAACGAUUUAGAGAAAAAAACAUUCACGAUCAAUAACUUGAAAGUUAAUAUUUAAUAUUACAAUAAUUUAUAAGUAGAAAAAUUAAAAAAAAAAAAAAAA